AUGGGUUCUAAGAAAACACAAAAAGUCUUAGCAGUUGAGUUUAAGGAGGCAGAUAGUGGCUUCACUGUCUCAAACUUUACAUAUGAUCGUAGUAGGGUCCGAGAGCUUGCCUCUCAUAUGAUACUUUACAAUGAAUAUCCAUUUUCUUUAAUUGAGUAUGUGAUAUUUAAUAAGUUCAUGAGUGCAAUCACUCCAUAUUGGGAAAAAAUGUCUCGGGCUGCUGCAAAGAAUGAAUGCAUGAAAACUUAUGAGACUGAAAAGAUAAAGUUAAAGGCUUUGCUUAAACUUGUUAACAAAGCUCAUAUCACAACUGACAUGUAG